CCAAGGUUCUCUCACCAUACACUCUCUUUCUUCCACUUUCUUUCUUUCCUCCUUUUCCUUUUUAUUCUCUCUUUCGCUCUCAUUUACAUUAAAAUGUUUUAAAAAUUUAUAAUUGAAGUUUUGUUUGCAGUGAUCUCCAUUGUCUUCUCCAAUAUUCUUCCUCCCUCGUCUCCAUUCUCACUGCAAAAACAAACCCCUGUCUCCGCCAUUGUUGUUUUCACCAUUUUCUUCCAUAUCCUAACUUCAAACACCUUAUAAUUGAAACCCCACUUGAUAAUAUUCAUCUUUAAGUUCACUCAUUCUUUCAAUUCCGUUGAAUCAACCAAUUAGUUUUAGAAGAAUUAGUCAGUCAAUGGGGCUAUUCUGCUAUUUCAACCAUUCUUCUCCCUUCUUCUCCACCAUGAUUGUGCUUCUUCUUAUUAAAGAGGCUUCCGGUGCUACAUUCACGUUCGUUAACAAGUGUGAUUUCACCGUCUGGCCGGGAAUUCUCGCCAGCGCCGGCAGCCCAAAACUCGAAGCCACCGGUUUCGAGCUUGAAGCGGGCAGUUCCCGCUCUUUGCAAGCUUCGACCGGUUGGUCCGGUCGAUUCUGGGGCCGAACCAACUGCAAUUUCGACGACUCUGGCCGUGGCAGCUGCAACACUGGCGAUUGCGGCUCCGGUGAGAUCGAGUGCAACGGCGCCGGAGCUACGCCUCCUGCGACGUUAGCCGAAUUCACACUCGGCUCCGGCUCGCAGGAUUUCUACGACGUCAGCCUCGUCGACGGCUACAAUCUGCCGAUGAUCGUUGAGGGAACCGGCGGGUCCGGCACGUGCGCUUCAACUGGCUGCAUUACGGACCUGAACCAACUUUGCCCGGCCGAGCUGAAGGCGGAGGACGGCGGCGCGUGUAAGAGUGCUUGUGAGGCGUUUGCGACGCCGGAGUACUGCUGCAGCGGCGAGUACAACUCGCCGGCGACUUGCCGGCCAUCAAUGUACUCACAAAUGUUUAAAUCGGCGUGCCCAAAAUCGUAUAGUUACGCGUAUGAUGACGCCACUAGCACAUUCACUUGCAAUGGAGCUGACUACACCAUCACAUUUUGCCCUUCUUCCCCAAGUCGAAAAUCUUCGAGGGGUUCGUCACCAAUGAUACCAGAGCCGAAGACGGACGAGUCAGGAUCAGAGCCGAUGACUGGUUCGGGAUCGGAAUCGGGAUCGGGAACAAUACAAGGAGCAGCUUUGAGUAGUUCUUGGCUGGCAGAUAUGGCCAUAGGGGGGGACUCAUCCAUUGCUACAAAGCCGAGCUUGGGAUCUCAAUAUGCGUCAAUUUUGAUACUCAGUGUGGCUCUAUCUUUGGUUCUGUCGUAGUAGAAGAUGAAAGAUGAUGAAGAGAAAGAACAGAGAAUUAAUUGACAAAAUCCCAUAUUGUAAAACAUUUACUCGAGAAUCUAGGAAACUUUAUUAUUGAUGUAUGUACAAAAUUUAAGGCAAAAAGAUGUUGCUUUUUUCAUUUUAGAAAUAGGGAUAAAUUAAAAAUUAAUAAUAAUAAUAAAAAGGAACUUGAUUUGGCUUUA